AUGAAUGCGAGGACCCUUCCAACCUCGGCCCAGUUUGUCGUUGCCAAGGCGCCCGCAAUUCGUUCUCAGUCUGGCCGACCAGCCGAUCUGGAGGCGUUGUUGUCGUCUCUGCCGAAACGCAGCUUCGCGACCCUCCGUCACGUGAUGCAGCACGUCGGUUUCAUCCUGUGCCAUCAGCGCGUCCUGAAGGUGCGUCUCUCCUCUCGCCUCACGCGUCCCGAUGAGCGCCAGAAAAUCGAUCGCCUCGACGAUCCCCGUCUCGUGCUCAACAUCUUCUCCCAGAGCCUGUUGCGUCCACCCUGGCGGCAGAUAGUCAAACUCGCCUCCGCCGACAACAACUACAAGCACCUCCUGGCGCUGGAGCGCGUCUUCGAAUACUUCGUUCGGCCUCACGAAAGCGGUGCUGGGGGCGCCGGAACGAGUCUCCCUCUCACUACGAGGAGUGUGUCAAUAGCCAAUGAAAAAGUGUCCUUUUAUUUCCACCUUACCCGUGGCAUUGUUGAGUCUGCCGUCUGGAGCUAUCAAAGUGGCGGUUUCGUAAGUGCCCACAAGCAGGCCCCUUCCACAACAAAAGCAGCAGCAGCAGUGGUCGAGAUUUGGCAAUAUCUUUGGGUUGACUCACGUAUUCCCUGUACUCAGUGCUUCAGACCGCCCGCUUCGUCAAAGCCCGUCCACUUGUCAAGUCACCGUCGCAUCAAAAAUGCCAUUUCUGCACCUUAA